GGAUGUCCGUUACUUCCAGGCAGCGCGCGUACGCCACUGGAGGCAAGCGUGGAGAGGUCGGGCGCGCGGGGUAGUCGCGGUCGUGAGGUAACGCCGGGCGCGAGGCGGUUAUCUGUUCCUUUUCGACAAGAACGGAAGGUGCAAGCGCCAUUGUAACUAUCCCGAGCUCAGCGAGGAAAAAAAAAAAAAGAAUCCUGCUUCCGCCUUAGGUGGCCUCUGAGAGAAACGACCGCAGCGUCAGGUUCGAUUAUCCUCUAGGCCGCUGUGGGCGGGGUUUAUACGGAUUUGGCCGGCCCACUCGGGCCCCGCGCAUUUUCAGGAUGUCGGCACAGGCUCAGAUGCGCGCGAUGCUGGAUCAACUCAUGGGCACCUCCCGUGACGGGGAUACUACACGUCAACGAAUUAAAUUCAGUGAUGACAGAGUGUGCAAAAGUCAUCUUCUCAACUGUUGCCCUCAUGAUGUCCUCUCAGGAACAAGGAUGGAUCUUGGAGAAUGUCUGAAGGUGCAUGAUUUGGCGUUAAGAGCAGAUUAUGAAAUUGCAUCAAAAGAGCAAGAUUUUUUCUUUGAACUCGAUGCAAUGGAUCACCUGCAAUCAUUCAUUGCUGACUGUGAUAGGAGAACUGAAGUGGCAAAGAAAAGACUGGCUGAAACUCAAGAAGAGAUCAGUGCUGAAGUUGCAGCCAAAGCUGAACGAGUCCAUGAAUUAAAUGAGGAAAUUGGAAAACUGCUUGCUAAAGUUGAACAACUUGGAGCUGAUGGAAAUGUGGAAGAGUCUCAGAAAGUAAUGGAUGAAGUAGAGAAAGCAAGAGCAAAGAAAAGAGAAGCAGAGGAAGUGUACCGGAAUUCCAUGCCUGCUUCCAGUUUCCAGCAGCAAAAGCUACGGGUCUGUGAAGUAUGCUCAGCCUAUCUUGGCCUACAUGACAAUGACAGACGGCUUGCUGAUCAUUUUGGAGGAAAACUACACUUGGGUUUUAUUGAAAUAAGAGAAAAGCUUGAAGAACUAAGGAGAAUUGUGGCUGACAAACAGGAGAAACGAAAUCAGGAACGUUUAAAGCGGAGAGAAGAAAGGGAGAAAGAAGAAAGAGAGAAGUUAAGAAGAUCUCGUUCUCACAGCAAGAACCCCAAAAGAUCUAGAUCCCGAGAUCGCCGUGAACAUCGAUCUCGGUCAUCCUCCGUGAGCGAAAGAAGAACCCGUUCAGGUCCGUGGCGACAUCGUCAUGGGUCUCGUUCUACUAGUCGCAGCCGCAGCCGCAGUCACCAAAGGAGCAGGCAGAGCCCCAGAGAUAGAAGCAGAGAACCCAAUUCCAAAAAAAGAUCAUCAAAAGAAAGAUCUUCCAGAGAUCAAGAACGAACCAGAGAUAGUAACAGAACAUCACGUGACAAAGAAAGUUGCCCCAGAGAAAAAUCUCCAAGAGAUCGAAACUGCAAAGAAAGGAAGCGGUCUUAUGAAAGUGCAAAUGGUCGAUCAGAAGACAGGAGAAGCUCAGAGGAGCGUGAAGCAGGAGAGAUAUAACUGGCUGUACAUUCACUUGAUCCUUUACCUUCCUAUGAAGUUGCAUACUGUGGUUUAGUUUACAGUUAUUAAAAGGGACACCAGUGAGCAAUUCCAAUGUUUAUCCAUCUAGGAUAGAUGUACAGUGUAUAAACAUGGUUAUAAUGAAGUCUGAAUUGAUCCGUUUCCAUUGAUAAUUCAAUUGAUGAUAAGUGAAGCAGCUUCCUUUUUUCUUCUCCUCCAGUAAACUUGUAAGACAUAUUUUCAAAGAUCUAUCUUCAAGAUACCAGGUUUAUGUACCAACAUAAUAGAUUUAAAUGUUUUUUUCUCCAAUACAGGUUAUAGUAAACAAAACUAUAGUGUGCUCUUUGCUUUGGAUGCUUUCAAACCUUUAUAAGCUCUUCUAGUUUUAUUCUGUCAAACAGCAGCACUGAAUCAUUUUUAAAGAGGUUGAGUGGGUUCCAGGCUUUUUAUUACCACCAGAAGAUUGAGUUCUCAGUUCCUUCUUCAGAACUGAACAUGUUUGGCAAUGUUUAGGUUGGGGACAUGCGCUGAAGAAAAUGUCAACUUUAAAAUUUUAUUUUUACAGUGCCUAUUUAGACUUGGAAGUCAAACAGCUGUUGCAUUUCAUCCUUUAAAAAAAAUUGAAACUUUGAAAUCAAAGCCAGUCCCAUGUCUUUGUACAAUUUAAUUGGUCUAUGUUCAGUAUAUUUGUUUUUUCUUUCAAAAUGAUUUUUCUGUUUUUUUUUCCUUGUGGUGUGUUAACUGCACAUCCCUAAUUGUAAACAGCAAACAAUAAUAAAGUAAGCAAAAAAAUAA